AUGGGCGAGCCGGUGAUCAAGUUCCGAAACUACCAGCCCAAGACGGAGCUCGACCAGCUCGGUGCCGAGACGGUGGAGAAGGCGGCCGUGCCGGACGUCGAGGAGGCGCUGCAGGCUGGCAGCUCGGACGUCGCGCACACGGAUCCGACCCAGGAGCCGCUCCUCAACCUCGCGCCCAAGAAGGUGAACUGGGACCUCAAGCGCGACAUUGAGCCGCAGAUGAAGAAGCUGCGAGCCGCGACCGACCGCGCCAUCAUCGAGCUCAUCAGAGAGCGCGUCACCAAGGAGGGCGGCGAGACCGACCUCUCCACAGCAGUCAGCCAGGCAGCCCAGGAGGCGGCCAAAGACGAGUUGUGA